AUGUUUCUCUCAUUGAUUGUAGCUGGGAUUCUUUACACUCUUCUCAAGCGCCCUGGGCUGAGGAACAAGCUAAACAAUCGAAGAGAAGUACAAAAUGGUAACAUGUUGGCAAUUUGGAGCUGUGAUGAGAAAAUGCUAUAUGAAAACAUCAUUGAAGCAACUGAGGAAUUUGACUCCAAACAUUGUGUCGGAGUGGGAGGGUGUGGAAGUGUUUACAAAGCAGAGUUGCAAGCAGGUCAAGUUGUUGCUGUAAAAAAGCUUCAUUCAGUAGAAGACGGUGGAAUUUCCAAUGCAAAAGCUUUCGAGAAUGAGAUUCAUGCUCUACUAGAAAUUAGGCAUCGCAAUGUGGUAAAGCUUUAUGGUUUUUGCUCACAUCCACGACACUCAUUCUUGGUUUAUCAGUUCUUAGAUGGGGGAAACCUGAAAGAGACACUGAGCAACAAAGAAGAGGCAGUUAAUUUUGAAUGGAUCCAAAGGGCAAAUGUUAUUAGAGGUGUGGCUGAUGCUCUAUCCUACAUGCAUCAUGAUUGCUCACCUCCAAUAGUUCAUCGAGACAUUUCAAGCAAGAACAUCAUGUUGGAUUUGGAAUAUGAAGCUCACAUCUCUGAUUUUGGCACAGCUAAGUUUUUAAAGCCUGAAUCGUCCAACUGGACUUCAUUUGCUGGAACAUUUGGAUACACUGCUCCAGAUCGUUAA